AGAGUUCGUAGAGUUACAAAUUUGUGAAAAAAUCUGAUAAAAGCUCCUUACUUUCCCCAUGGAAGCCGAUUAUGUGUUUCUUUGUCUCGUUUUGGGAGCUUAGGGUUUCUCUUUUCUUAAAAUUUGGGGAAAAAAUCUCGCCUUAAUGUUUCUCUCUGUCUAGAUUUUGCCUUUACUUCUGUCUACAAAAAUUUAGCUUUAGAAAUGGCAUGUCUUCGUAGCUUCUCAAGGAGGAAUCUUUCCCCAAAAUGGUUUUGCAAGACCUCAAGCCCUCUUGUUCUUCAUCGUAUCAAAGACUAUACUGAAUCCACUUUACCGGAUUCAAGUCUUCUGAUUCGUAGGUUUCACAGGCAAAGUUUCUUUGAAGAUAAAGCCAAAAUGUCUUUUGCUCAGCCAGUGGGUUCUGGAGUAUCGCUAUGUAGACACUUGUCUUCUUCUUCUUCCUGCAAACCAGAAGAAUCGUGCAUAAAGACUGAUGCUUUUGGAAAUGUUGUUGAGGAACUUGUCCCUGAGAAAUCUUUGGAAGCAAUGGCCACUACAGUCCCUACUACAGAUGAGUUUUCGGCAGCGAUUGAGAAUCUUUCUUUCCCUGAGGACUGCGUCCAGCAAGUCAUUAAUGGAAUCCAUGAGCUUACCGGCUUCAACUGGUGGAUGUCAAUUGUUCUUACCGCAUUUCUGGUUAAUGGACUCAUGUCACCAAUCUCUCUGCGGAUUCAGAGACAAGCUUGGGAAAUACAACAUUUGGGUAGGAGCAUUCAGAAGGUGAAGAGAUUGAUACUGAUUUGUGAUCCAAAAUUCCUGGCUAAAUACAAAAAAUGGGAAGCAGAGUGGACGGGAAAAGUUGGAAAACGUUGCUUGUCUUUCCUGACACUAAGCUUUGUUCAUGUAUUCAUCACCACCAGCUUCAUCAAUGGGAUUAGUGCCAUGGCUAAGAAAAUUCCAGGGUUUGAAAAUGGUGGAAUCUUCUGGUUCACUGAUCUUUCAACUCCAGACAGAUUUUACAUCUUACCUCUAGUGACAGGCUUCACUUUCUGGUUGACAUCUGAGGUUAGAGAGGUUAUAUAAGAGAGAGAGAGAGAGAGAGAGAGAGAGAGAAAAACAGACAUAUGGUUUGAUGCAUAAUCCAAACUAACUUUGGCAUCUCGUUAUUUAUAAGAUCCCUCCCAUAAGCCGGACAAAACUUUUAUCCAAAAUGAAGAACCUCCCUUUGAUUUCCAUCUUCUUCAUCACGGUCCAAGCUGCAUAUGAAUAUGAACCGGCAGUGUACUUUUACUUGAUCCCAUUUAGAAUCUAUAUAUACACAUUAUUCCUGAUGUUGAGAUCCAAGCAGAUAGUACAUUUGAGAAGGUCACUGGGAUGGCCAGAUGUUCCAGUAACGGCCUCUGAGCAGCGAAGGAUCAUGGCGAGAGUGGUAACUCUUAUGAGAGAAUUUAUUGACGUGGUGAAGAAGAAAGACAAGAAGUGAAUCUUGUUUUGAUCUCUUGGCCGCUCUGGCUUUGCCUUCGAAUCAACGCUACUUGAAUACUCUGUUUUUCAUGUACAAGUUAUGGUAGCCAUUUUCUGAUUUUGAAUCAUUUCUUAGAGCAGGCUUGAGUAACAAACAGCAAUCUAUCUAGUUUUGCCAUUCAUGAUUCUUGUCUGUACCAACACAAUGUAUUCACAUUUCCAAGUUCGCUCGCAAUUUGUCCUU